AUGCUUUCUGAUGUUUAUAACCAAGUUUUCGAAGAAAACCUCUUACCAUCUCUACAACAUAAAGUUUCAAGCUUUUGUUUUACUACUUCAAGUAACCAUUACACUUUGUGUACGGAAAUUGCCGCUGUGGACGACUUACUGGAUAAUAUGUCGACUAAGAUUCUGUCUGAUUACUUCCAUGACGAUUCAGUUGAUUCCACAGAAUCCAUAGAUUACGAAUUUUACAGUGAAAAUCGUGAAAAGGCUCCAGAAUCACUUCAGAAGAAUAAUGUAACAAGAUUUGAGAACAAAAGUGUUGAUUUAUCAGAAAAUAUCAAAAAAGUGAAGAGUAGUCAACAACAAGAAAGCAAACUGUAUGAAUCAAAUGAAAAACUGGUAUCAAAUUCAUUAUGUGAUGAAACAUACUGCACUUCUGAAGCGGCACACAGUGAGAAUGAUGAGAUAAGCUACUCAAACAAUCAUACUGAAAAUCCAGCGUUAGCAGAAACACCAGUAGUAAAUUAUUCUAAUAGAAUGUUCCCAACUGUAAGUGAAACUAGCAGUAAAAGUGUUCAGAAUAACGUUAAAAAAAUAAGUGAAAAGAAUGUGAAGGGAGAAGAGAAAGAUAAUGAUGAGGAUGGUGAUGAGAAUGAUGAUUAUGAAGAAGACGAGCUAGUUUCCUUUUCUAGUGAAAAUGAAGAUGUCAGUAUACACAAAGAUGACUACCGGGUGUCCAGAAAUUCACCUGUUCAGAGAACUAUAAAUGCUAAAGGUCUUUCUUAUCCUGAACAAAACAGACACACAUUUCAUAAUGAAUUGAAUAAUGGUAUUUAUAACAUGAACGAUGAAUGCAUUAAAGUUGCACAGAUUGCAAAUGCUCUAAAAUCUUUCGAUAAAAAGAUUCAUCGUCUACAUAUUCGUCCACCAUGGAGGGACCCCAAUUCAAAGCCGUUGCCGAGUGAUAGAACAACCGCAUUUUAUACUAUGUAUGAAGAUUACUUAAAAUAUCAAAAUCAGAGACCGUUUUCAAGUAUAGAGCAUUCGACAAGUAGUUGUAUCAAUACUGAGAUAGCUGUGCGCAGAUUGUAUCACUCAACAUUAAAUCGCUAUCGUCAAAAUGAAAAGAUCCAGAUGGAGAACUAUGAAUUAGCUAAACGUUUACAAAAAUUCGACCAACAACCGCCAAUUUUACCACCGAAGUAUCAACAAGGUUCUCGCGUAAAUCACAGAACAUAUAUUAAGAAUAAAACUGGUAAACAAGUAACCAGUUCCAAAUCAAGAAGCUUUAUAAGAGAUUCGCAUCAAUCAAGUGAAAAGCAAAGUGAUACUAUUACUACUAGUAGUGUAUCAGACCAAACAUCAGCUAGUUUAAGUAGUAGUGUUCAUUCACUACCAGAAAAGUAUAGUAGAAGUCAAGCAAAAAAUGAUAAUUUUAAACAACAAAGUAAUAAUAAUGGGAGAAGAAUGAAUCCAGUAGGGUCUCCAAAUCGUCAACAAAAAUACAAACCAUCUUCAACUUUCGCUUCAGACUACAAAACUGAAGAUUUGAAACAAAAACAUAAACAUGUGACAAUUAAAAAUUCAUCUGAUAAUCACUCAUCAUUAUCGUCAGCUUCAUUUCAUACAUCUUCAUCGUCUAUUAAUGCUUGA